UAGUAUAUUCAAACACACCAAACUGGCUUCAGCCUCUUUUGUUUGUGUCUCUUGUUUCAGAUUCUUUCUUUGUCAACUCAUUUUGUCUUGUUUUCUUCUCGCCGGCGACUUUCUUUAUUUCAUCUCUUUGCCCCACUCUUCUCUCGCUCUGUGUGUGUGUGUAUAUAUGUGUGUCUUUGUGAUUAAGGUACAGUAGAGUAGAGUAGAGUAAUCAUGGAUGAAGAAGUGGCCUUGAUUGCUCAAACAAAAACACCCCUUAGUCAUACCAGAGAUGUUCAUUUUCUCAGCUGGGCUUUCUUGUUCAUCUUCUUGGCUUAUGGUGCUGUUCAGAAUCUUGAGAGUACUAUUAACACUGAGAAAAAUUUAGGAACUAUAUCACUUGGAGUUCUGUAUACCUCUUUCACAGUGUCUACAUUGUUUGCUUCAUUUGUGGUUCGGAUGCUUGGGUCUAAAAAUGCUCUAGUUCUUGGAACUAUUGGAUAUUGGUUAUUUAUAGCGGCGAAUCUGUUUCCAACAUGGUAUACGAUGGUGCCAGCUUCUUUAUAUCUAGGAUUUUCUGCUUCAAUUAUUUGGGUUGGACAGGGUACAUAUCUUACUUCCACUGCACGUAGUCAUGCAUAUGAUCACAACGAGCAUGAAGGAACUAUAAUCGGGCAAUUUAACGGGGAGUUUUGGGGGAUGUUUGCCAGUCACCAGUUGGUUGGUAAUCUACUCUCUCUUGUCCUGUUGAAUAAAGGCGAGGAUGGAAGUACAAGCGGGACGACACUGCUUUUUGUUGUCUUCCUCAGUAGUAUGACCGUAGGUACAAUUCUCAUGUGUUUCUUACAUAAAAGAGAUCCAAAGAAAGAGGAAGGACUCCAAGAAUCCUCCGUCACUUUUUAUUCGUUAAUGGUAUCCCUAUCAAAUUCUGUCAUCAAUCCAUUAUGUGAUCGACGGCUACUUUUGAUCAUCCCCCUUAUAGCAUAUUCAGGCUUACAACAAGCAUUUGUAUGGGCUGAAUAUACUAGAUUUAUUGUCGAACCAGUACUGGGAGAGGCUGGUGUUGGUGGUGCGAUGGCUGUUUAUGGGGCUUUUGAUGCAAUUUGUUCACUGGCUGCUGGUAGACUUACAUCAGGUCUCAGUUCUAUUACAUUAAUAGUUUGCGGGGGAGCUUUAACUCAGGCUAUUGUACUGCUCUGGCUUCUACUAGGUUACAGCACGAGUACUGGAUUGCUUGGCACUGUCAUUCCUCUGAUCAUAGCAGCCAUAUGGGGCAUUGGUGAUGGAAUAUUUAACACACAGCUUAGUGCAUUGAUUGCAUUGCUCUUCAAGCAUGACAUGGAAGGUUCAUUUGCGCAACUCAAGCUUUGGCAGAGUGCUUCAACUGCAGUUGUCUUUUUCGUGAGCCCCUACAUUACAUUCAACGUGAUGUUAGAAUUCAUGCUUGUUGCUGUAUGCAUCUCGGUUGCAGGAUUUCUUGUUCUUACACUCAAGUUGGAGAAAGCAUUUUCCAGUAAUACAUCAAAUAAUUGAGUCGGCAAACAUUAGUUUGCUUUUUAGAACAGUAUCACUCUCGACUCUUGUAUUACAUGCUGAUAAUCUGUCUACACCUGAAACAGAGUGCUGGACUGUUGUACAAAACUACCAGUACUGUUUUAUCAAUGCAAAUGCCCUUGUUUUGCUA